AUGAAUUAUAACCAGAAACCAGCCAAUCAGACGUGCUGCAGUCAGUCAGCGACGACGAAUGGGCUUGACGUGACUACGGAGAUGGAGGUAGGCCGUACAGACUUCUACAUCGGCCUCACAUUGGCCGUGAGCUCCAGCGCCUUUAUCGGUGGAAGUUUCAUCUUAAAGAAGAAAGGUCUGCUGAGACUGGCGAGCAAGGGUUCGAUGAGAGCAGGCCAAGGGGGGUAUGCUUACCUGAAGGAAUGGCUGUGGUGGGCAGGACUUAUAUCAAUGGGAGCUGGAGAGGCUGCGAACUUCGCUGCUUAUGCAUUUGCACCAGCCACACUGGUGACUCCUCUUGGAGCACUGAGUGUAUUAGUAAGUGCCAUACUCUCCUCUUACUUUUUGAAUGAAAGGCUGAAUGUGCACGGGAAGAUUGGUUGUUUGCUUUGCAUCAUGGGAUCGACAGUGAUGGUGAUCCACGCCCCACAGGAGGAGGAGGUUGCUUCCCUCACUGCCAUGGCUGAAAAGCUCAAAGAUCCAGGUUUCAUUGUGUUUGCUGUGUGCGUUGUGGGAAGCAGCCUGGUUCUUAUCUUUGCUGUGGCGCCGCGGUUUGGACAGAAGAAUGUCCUGGUCUACAUCCUGAUCUGCUCUGUGAUUGGCUCCCUCUCUGUGUCUUGUGUCAAGGGCCUGGGCAUUGGCAUUAAGGAGCUGUUUGCUGGGACAGCAGUGCUGAAGGAACCCCUGUUCUGGUCCUUAGUCAUCUGCCUGAUAAUCUGCGUCAGCGUUCAGAUCAGUUACCUGAACAAAGCUCUCGACAUCUAUAACACCUCCUUAGUCACUCCCAUCUACUACGUCUUCUUCACUACCUCCGUUAUGGCCUGCUCAGCCAUCCUCUUCAAGGAAUGGUUGAGUAUGACCACUGAUGGAAUAGUGGGAACGAUAAGUGGGUUUCUCACCAUUAUUUUGGGGAUCUUCCUCCUCCACGCCUUCAAGGACAUCACAUUUAACUGGGAUUCCCUUCCAUUCUACCUCAGGAAAGGUCCACAGGGCUUUCCGUGGGGUAACCAGCCUUACGUCGCUGUCCCCACUUUGGACACCCAAUCAGAGGACGAGAUCAAGCUAUCGAGAGACGGAGGCUCGAAGGGUGGUUGGGCAACACAUCAGAGAGCUUCCUGAGAACCAAAUGUCUUGUUACUAGAAAAAAAUGUGAUUGCAAUUCUGAAGCCUUAAGGCACAUGAUAGCUUUACAAAGUGGCAAGUUAUUUCAUUUAAAGUCCCUGUAAAGUGAAAUCCAAAAUUUGUGUCUUAACACAGUAGAUAUGUUGGGAUGAGGGUGCUGUAAACAACUGAAAGCACUGAGCUCUGUGUGUGGCUAAAUUUUGGAUUAAGAAAAAUGUUCACCUCUUUCCUGGCUUGGUUUAAUUUUCACAGGGCAUAUAUAGGAGCCCAUGACAUCACCAGCUGUUAUGGGGAAUAGCCCCGCCCCCUAACGCUACAACAAUGUAAAAUCACAGAGUAGUUCAUCUCAGUACAGUCUGUUGUUAGCUGAUAUCACUGCCUUCAUUGAAAGUUGUACAUGUAAAUUUCCCUGUCAGCCACAGUGUCCGAGGGGUCAUUAAAGGUCACAUAUUUUACCCUGUUAAGACAAGUUUAUAUUGGUCUCAGAGGCCCCCAAAACAUGCCUGUGAAGUUUGUUGUGGAAAACCACUCCAGUAUUAGAUUUUUGCAUGUCUAAAAAC